UUGCAAUACUCAUCUAGAAAUAAUUUCUGAUUCUAUGAGUACAUUUCAUUGUUCUGCAUAAAUACCUUCUUCUCUGUUCAGACAAUCCAGCGCCUUCAUACUAUAUAAUGGGAGUUACGACAUCCCCUCAUGAGCUGCUUCAAGCCGCGCGGAUAGCGCCGGAAAUCUUCAAACUCCGGCCGGACUAUCGCGCUCUUUUGAUGGUUGUUGAGAAUAUUCCUCCGGGUGCUAGCGAUGCUUCCAGCGAGGUUCUUCUACGAGAAGCCGAAACUUGUGUGCAAGAACUACUAUCGAAACACUCCUCCAUCACUGACUUUCCGCAUAUUGCGGCAUGGAGAGAUGCAUAUAAAGCAUUUGGGGCCAAACCUCAAAAAACACGCAACAGCCUCGAAUCCUUGACACGUCGUGCAGAUGGUGGCUUGCCGCGGGUCAAUAGAUUGACAGACAUCUACAACGCCAUUUCAGUCAAACACCAAAUUCCCCUGGGUGGCGAAGACCUCGAUAAAUACGAUGGAUCACCGUUCCUGAUCCGUGCUACUGGCCAGGAGCCAUUCGAAACCUUUUCUGGUGGGGAACCCAAAUCGGAGCUCGCUGCGCCUGGGGAACCUAUUUGGUGUGACAACACUGGUAUCACUUGUCGCCGCUGGAAUUGGCGGCAGGGCCCACGGACUGCCCUGACUGAUGAGACCAGCCGCGUUUUAUUCAUUCUGGAUGCGCUGGAGCCUCUUUCUGAUGAUUCUUUGGUCCAGGCUGCCGAUGAGCUUGCAUCGGCAUUAAAAAGCCUUUCUCCAGAGGUUCAGACAACCUGCCGCAUUAUUCGAUCAGCGGAAAUGAACGAUGAUGUCAAGGCUUGAUAUGAGAAUGGUGCUGCAUAUUCGUGGGCGUUGAAUGACAUGGAAGAACAAUCCCAAUUCUAUAUCGAAAAGGCUAUGCCUUCUGUCAGGAUGUUGGAUGGUUCAUGCGGAUGAGGACCACCUUUUAUUCAUUUGCAGAUAAUCAUCAGGGAUGACUUUUUACCCAUUUCUCUGUCCGCCUCCUUUGGCCUUCCCACCAACCCGCUUUGUUUCUGCUAAAUGCUACCAACAUUUGAUGUGGGGCCGUGACCCCCAGCCCACUGGGGUACUACAUUGCAUAUGCGAUUUCAUUUACAUAUGGGGACUUUGUAUAGAAUAGAUUUCUAGUAUAGUUUAGC